CCUAUCAUACCGACCAUAAACAAAAGAGAUCUCUCUCUCUCUCUCACACACACACACACAAACCCCCGCUCCUCCCCAUGCAGGCAGUGCUCACAAAUCCAUCUCUUUCACGCCUCAAACUCCUUCCAAAACUCAAACCCCUUACUUUCUUCCAUCCCAUCGCCGCCACCUGCCUAACCCUCCGCCACCGCCGUCGCCGCCACGGCGGCGUCCGGUCUUUCGCUUUCCAAGACCAAUUCCCGCAACCCUCAUCUCCAACCCAACCCCGGGAAGAAGCACAAGAAUUAAAGAAGGAAGAAGAGGAUUACGGAGAAGUUAGCCGGAUCAUCGGCAGCAGGACCGUCAGAACCCCCGUCUAUGGCGACGAUGGCUCCGUCUCCACCAUCACCGCAACGGAGUACUUGAUCGAGUGGAAGGACGGCCACGCCCCCUCCUGGGUCCCCGCCGCCGCCAUCGCCACAGACGUGGUGGCGGAGUACGAGACCCCUUGGUGGACCGCCGCCCGGAAGGCCGACGCCGCCGCCCUAUCGGCCCUCCUUGCCAACGAGUCCGGCGAACGGGACCCCGACGCGGAGGACGCGGACGGCCGGACGGCCCUCCACUUCGUGGCCGGGCUGGGAUCGGAGGAGUGCAUCCGGAUGCUGGCGGCGGCGGGGGCGGACGUGGGGCGGGCGGAGCGGGCCGGCGGUGGGCUGACGCCCUUGCACGUGGCGGCGGGGUACGGACAGGCGGCGGCGGUGCGGGCGCUGCUGGAGGCCGGGGCGGACGCGGCAGCGGUGGACGAGAAGGGGAAAACUGCGCUGGAACUGGCGAGGGAGGUUCUGGCGGCGACGCCGGCGGUGGCGCUGGGGAGGCGGGCGGGGCUGGCGGCGGCGGCGGCGGAGCUGGAAGGGGCGGUGUACGAGUGGGCGGAGGUGGAGAGGGUGGUGGAGGGGAGGGGGGAGGGGAAGAGGAGGGAGUACUUGCUGGAGUGGAAGGACGGGGGGAGGGAGUGGGUGAGGAAGGAGUGGGUGGCGGAGGAUCUGGUGGCGGACUUCGAGGCCGGUCUGGAGUACGGGGUGGCGGAGGCGGUGGUGGCUCGGAGGGAGGCGGCGGAGGGAGGUGGGAAGGAGUACUUGGUAAAGUGGGUGGAUAUUGAGGAGGCCACAUGGGAGCCGGAGGCUAAUGUAGACCCGGACCUGGUGCAGGAUUUCGAGCGGCGGCAGAGGGAGUCGGCGCAGGCGGGGAACCCACCCGCGGCGGCGGUGGCGGAGGCAGCGGCGGAGGAGGAGAAGGAGAAGGGGGAGGAGUCCGCUGCGCCGCAAGAGACAGCCGUAGGGUGAGUAGUCUCUACUUCCGAUUUCUCUAUUUCUUGCUCCUUUGCAGCCUAAGUUUGAUUGGAAAUCACAAAUAAAUUCAUUCAAGUGCUAUUGAUCAGAUUCAACUGUUGUUCGCACGUGAGACAGAGUUCAUGAUGUGUUGUGCUUUGAAUUUACCACAAGCUUUGCCACUAUUCAACUA